GUAAAAAUAUAUGACCAAUAAGUCAUGACAGCAUAUGUUAGUAGUACAUUGUAACUUAUUCGACUAAGUUAAUCGUGUUUUAGCUUAAUUUUUGAUAAGAUACGCAAGCUGUUGUAAGUCAGUUUAACAUAAGUUCGAUGAACUCAUAAGGUUACUUUUUAGAUUUUUUCCACAUCUUUUCGAGUGCCUUUGCUGUUUAUUCUUAAGAAUCCCUUACCCAAAGAGCACCGACACAUUAUUUAAGCUAUUUUUUAUAAUUUUUUUGGGCUCAUAAGAUUAAUUGGAUUGAAAAAACUAUUUUUGGGGCUCAUCAGAUUAAUUGGAAUGAAAAAACUAUUGUUGGGGCUAUUUUUGGGGCUCAUCAGAUUAAUUGGAUUGAUCUUAAAAUUUAAGGCAACCAGGAUGUUUUGUUUUUACAGUAUACAGGCUACAUGUGUAAAUUGCGUAUGUAUGUUGGAUGGCACCUGGCAACACAGAUGAUCAUCAAUGAAGAAAAUCAACUGAUAUUCAUAUACUGAUUAUGGAUAUUAUUUUAAUAACUUCUGCUGUGAUGCUUUCUCAAUGAAUACUGUUUUUUUUUAUUGGUGUCGAUGGUUACUUGAUGGACAUUCACCUUGGGCUAUUGAACAUUUCCAUCUCACAAACGUUCUUUACACUCUAAAAAAUGCUAGGUCGGCGUAACCCAAUGUUUGGUCAAUUAUAAACAAACCUCAAAAUUGGGUAAUUUAUUUUACAAAUAACAUUUUUAAUCAAAACGUUUGGGUUGUCUAUAUUUGACCCAAUUUUGGAACACAACCACCCAGCAAUUAAAAAUUCAAAUUCAAAAGAAUGUGUGUUCUUCACAUUAAUAGAACGUGUUCUAUUGAGAGCUUUGAACUGAAUAGAACCCAAAAAUGGUUCCUAUUCUACACUGGUAACAAAUCCUAGUUGCCUUACAUUUUUAAGCUGAAUCAAAUUAGCCUUGUGAGUCCAAAAAUCCAAAAUUAAACAAAAAGUGUUCAGGUGUAGCUUUACUAAUGUGUCGGUGCUCUUUGGAUAAGGUAUUUAUCAGAAUAAACAGCAAAAAUCAGUGCAAGGCACUCGAAAAAUGUGGAAAAAUAUAUAUAUUUUAAAAAGUAACCUUGUACGCCUCAUGAGUCAUUGAACUUAUAUUAUGUCAAACUGACCUAAAACCGCUUGCGUAGCUUACAAAAUUAAGUUAAAACAUGAUUAAUUUAGUUUAAUAACCUAAAAACAUAAUUAAAGACUAAUUGAUCACAGAACUUUCUACAGUGUAGAGUAUUGCAGUCAAAUCCCCAUUUUGAAAUCUUUUUAUAAAGUCUCGUGAACAUUUUAACCUUUUAAACGCCACAUCCUACAGUUUCGUUCCUCUUACAAGACGCAGGGAGCAGUAAUUAACAUUAGUAAUAUUUCUGUAUGAAUGUUAACUUACUCUGCUCCCUGAUCUUACCUUGCGAGCUGCCAUACGGUUAUUCUCUUUUAUGUGCUGUUUGAUUAUUGAUUGGCACGGCGCAUUGAUGGCGAACCAGGGCGCCCUAUACAGCGAGCUGAAAGGAUGAGAAGCGCUGGAACGAUGAGACUCCAGUAACUUCUGUGUGACCUCUACAUGACAAAGCCGGUCUUCAUCAAUUGUCUGCAGGCUUUAUGUGUCUCUUUUUGUGCCCUGGACCGUUUUUAUCUUUUGUAUUGUUUUGUUUUUACCAGUCAAAAUGCCUGGGCUGGGUUUGAUUUAGCUUAGUUGAAUAUUAAUUUACCAAAAAUGUUACACACACACAUACAUGCUUGGAUAUGUGGCAUAGGAACAUGUUAUUAUGAUAACAUCUAAUGUGUAAAGAGAGAUCCUCCCAUUUGAUGAUGAUGAUGAUGCAUGAGUCCUAGCACUGUUUUCCUCCUUGUCUCUUUGUUUUUUAUGGGUAUUUAAUCAAUUAAAUGUAAUAUUAUGUUAUUUCCAUGUUAAUUGAGAGAUAAUGUGAAGUUUGUAAAAAUCACUACUAGGUGUGCACAGCUUCUUCUCGGUUGAUGAAGUCCCUCCACCUCGAUUGGCCAAGCUGGUCACAUGGUAGGCUAACUUUAUUCAGUUGACAGCAAGUAGGAGGGCUUUAUGGAGGGAGGAAAAAAAGACAACUCGAGAAAAAUUAGUAUUUCCUACCUUCAGAAAUUAAUGGCCAUGAGUUCGUACAUGGUGAACUCCAAGUAUGUGGAUCCCAAAUUUCCUCCUUGCGAGGAAUAUUCUCAGAACAGCUAUAUACCUGAACAGAGCCCAGGCUACUACAGUCCGUCGCAGGACACUGAUUUCCAGCAUCCCGGAAUCUAUUCACGGUCAAACUACUCUGAACAGCCUUACAGUUGUAACACUGUGCAGGGCUCGUCGGUGCAGCCGCGGGGUCAUGUGCAGGAUCAAGCCAGCACCCCUAGCCCCUUCCCUGCACAGACAGAGCAGUGUCCCGCGGUCCAGAUUUCCGGACCGAGGACUUGUGGACAACAGCAAAACACAAAGACCCAGAACGGGAUACCAGCCAAGCAGCCUGCUGUAGUUUACCCGUGGAUGAAGAAAGUGCACGUUACUACGGUGAACCCGGAUUACACAGGACCCGAACCCAAACGUUCUCGGACAGCCUACACAAGACAGCAGGUUCUCGAACUAGAAAAGGAGUUUCAUUUUAACAGGUAUCUAACAAGACGACGUCGCAUCGAGAUCGCGCACACGCUCUGUCUUUCUGAACGACAGAUUAAAAUCUGGUUUCAGAACAGGAGAAUGAAAUGGAAAAAGGAUCACAAACUACCAAACACGAAAGGAAGAUCGGCAUCAGUUGCAAAUCAGCAUGCACAACACGCUCAGAAGGACAGCCCGACAGAGAUCACAACUUUAUAAGUGGAUAUCUCUCCCUCCCUCCAGAUGUACAGAUGAACUGUAUGUAAUAGACAAUGCUUCAUUUGACAUUGCAUGGUAGAAAAUCAUGACAUAUUGGGUCUAAGUGCCAAAAACUGAGAAGCUGAAGCACACACCAUGACUAAACGCAGCGUAAAAUCUGCUUUGCGUUAAAACACCCCAAAUUCCCAAUAUUUCAAAUAUUAUAACCCUUUGUAUGAGAGGCAAAGAGGAUAUGAGGCAUCGAAAGACCACGAGGUACAGUAAAACGUCAUAAAGCUUACGAUUUUACACAAACUUGCCAAAUUUAUGUGAGAGCAUGGUCUUUUUAGUGACACAAUUUUAUUCACUAUUUUGAAAAAACUGUAUUUUAAUCGACGUUUUCCUUUAUUAAAGGCAUUAUGGCAGGUUUACGCCUGUGGCGCGUCAGUUUAUCUUAACUUAAUCGUCAGACAGAACUUAAGCAAGGCAAUGCCCUUCGUAUAAUUAACUAUGAAUGUUUACGGCUUUGUCGCAUUAAAGUCGACUGGGUGCAAGUAAUAAAAACGAAAUAAAAUGAGUUUAAUGCUAAAAAAAAUAUUCGUUGCCUGGUGAAAUUAUUUAUUCGUAAACUAAAAGGUGAACAAAAUAUUUCCUCUUACUGUGCGCGCCUCGUCUGCUUCCUAAAGACUAUUUCACUCAUUAAUUUUUAACUUGUUCGUGUAAGUUUUGUUAAAAAUUCGUUACAGAUGAUUCUCAGUUGUUUACUGCAGCCUCUUGUCCUUUUUAAUUCAAUAAAAAUACAUAUAUUUUGACACGAAUAUUCCUUGCCUUACACUCCACUAUAAACCCCGCUCGGCAUCUCUGUAAACAAUAUCUGUUACAUCUAUUACAAUAUAUCUUCGUAAUAUAUUGUAAAACAAAUCUGUCUUCCAAAUGUUGCCUGAAAUUCUUGAAAAGCAGCUUUUUAUUUUGCAUUUUAGACACACGUUUAGCCCUCCAGAUGUUUGAACCUUCUAUUUAUUAAAUAUAAUGUUAAAAGCUUUAUGUUCGAUGUGAACGUAAUUAUCAGUUUCAUAAUUAUCAAACUGCGUUUUUAAGUUCUUAUAUAUGUAUAUAUUUCUGUAUAUUGUGCAUAUUUUCUACAGGCAUAUUUUGCAGUAAUUAAAUAAAUAUUAUGCAGAGGUAAUGGACUGCUUCAUGUUGUGUUUUAAAGAAACUUUUGAGAUGGGAGGACGCGUUUGAUCAAGCACUUUCAUACAUGUUGUGUUAUUUUAGAAGGGGGAAUUUUGGUGUUGAAACCGAAAUGGUUUUCCAGCAGUGAUUAAACUUAGACGCUCUGCUAU